AUGGCUCUUAGCGGUAUUGAACUUCUUGUGAUGCAAUGGGACGGCGAAAAUCUCAAGGAAAAUUGGCGACGUUUUAAACAACAUGUCGAAUUAAUGUUCUCUGGACCGCUGAGAUCAAAAAACGAAGCGGAGAAAUGCAGCUACCUACUCAUCUGGGUAGGGCAAAAAGGGAGGGAUAUAUACAACACAUGGUCGAAUAUCUCAGAAACAAACAGAGGUAAAUUAAAAACAUAUUAUGAUCGAUUCGAAAAGCAUGUCAAUCCGAAAGCAAACCCCGUCUUUGCCAGAUAUAAGUUUCAUAACAAAAUACAAGGCCCCACCGAGCCAGUAGAGGAAUUCACAACAGAGUUACAACUCCUAGUCCAAGAUUGUGAGUUCCACGACCAAAAUGAAAUGGUUAGAGACCGAAUUGUGUUUGGGACAAAUUCAAACAAAGUGAGGGAAAAACUUAUAAUGGAAGGGGCAGAACUCACGCUAGAAAAAGCUAUACAAAUCGCAAGAACCUAUGAAAAAACCCAAGCCCAACUCAAAAGCAUGUCUCCUGAAAACAAGGAAGAAAGCAUUCACUUAGUCAGACAGCAAAACCAAGGCAGUCAAUCUCAAAGAUCGAGACAAUCACUUGACCAAAAGUACCCCCAGCAAUCACUUGAACAAAAGUACCCCCAGCAAAUAAGCCAGUGUGGGAACUGUGGGAGAAAGCACUACAGAUCAGAGAAAUGUCCAGCAAAAGGGCAAACCUGUUACCUAUGCAACAAGCCCAACCAUUUUGCACAAGUAUGUCGAUCAAAAGGGAGGCGGAGCCAAAUACACCCUAUCGAGAAGGUAGAAUGUGACCCCUCAAUGACCCAAUUUGAAACUCUAACUUUUGAAUCAAUUACUGUAGCUAAUGUUAACCACCAAAAUUUGAAGGCAGACGAAGUGUUUGCAGAGGUGGGCAUCCACCUAGAUCCAAAGCCCAAAGCAACAGUCAAGGCUUCCUUACAAACACACGCAAAGGCAUCACUGAAAGCCAAAGUCGAUACUGGUGCCCAAGGGAAUAUACUCCCCCUAAGAUUAUACCGGACGAUGUACCCCUGCAAAAUUGAUCUGAAGGGCAACCCCAAGAAAGGAGCUACAAAACAUUCUAAUACUAUCCUCACAGCAUAUGGGGGAUCCAAGUUACACCACUAUGGCACCGUCACCAUUGAUUGCGAAUUCAAAGGCAAAAGAUCUGCUGCACAGUUCUAUGUCACAGACACACAAGGCCCUGCUAUCAUUGGCCUACCAACGUUGAUUGACCUCAACCUUGUGAAAUUCAAUUGUGCCAUACUCAAACAAGUAUUACACAGCAACACACUAUGGUCCACCACAAGAACCCCUGAGCAACCACCACUAACCACCAGAACCCCCGAACGACCACCAAUACCCAAACCAAUAAAGAGCAAAGAAGAUUUGAUAGAUCAAUACCCAAACUGUUUUAAUGGCAUAGGAAAAUUCGAAGGAGAAUACCACAUAACCACCGACCCAUCAGUCCCACCUGUUAUCCACCCUCCGCGACGAGUUCCAAUCAGUCUGAAAGAUGACAUUAAGAAAGAACUAGACGAGAUGGUUGCAAAUGGUAUCAUAACUAAAAUAAACGAAGGAGAGCCCACAAGAUGGGUAAACAGUCUUGUCUACAAAAGGAAACAGAAUGGACGAUUGCGUUUAUGCCUAGACCCCAAAGACCUAAACACAGCUAUCUUAAGAGAACAUCACGCCAUUCCUACCUUGGAAGAAAUUUUACCAAAAUUACACAAAGCAAAGUUCUUCUCAAUAGUCGAUGCAAAGUGUGGCUAUUGGAAUGUGGUACUUGAUGAAGAAUCAAGCUAUUUAGCUACCUUUAACUCCCCAUUUGGCAGGUACCGUUUCAAGCGUAUGCCCUUUGGGCUGAACAUGUCACAAGACAUCUUCCAAGCAAAGAUCGACCAAACAUUCGAAGGAUGUAGAGGCGUUGUGGGUAUCGCAGAUGAUAUUGUUAUCUCUGGCACAACAGAAGAAGAACACGACCAAAAUCUACGAAGCAUGAUGAGCCGGUGCCAAGACACAGGUCUGAGACUAAACCCUGACAAAUGCCACAUAAAGCAAGAGAAAAUAAAGUUUUAUGGGCUUAUCUGCGGUCCAGAAGGAAUUCAACCAGACCCUGACAAAGUGUCCGCCCUGAAGCAAAUGGCCCCACCGACCAACAGCAAAGAACUACAGACAUUCUUGGGUCUGGCCACCUAUAUGGCACCAUUCAUCCCGAAUCUCAGUCACCACACUGCCUCACUGCAACAGCUACUCAAGAAGGAGAGCAAGUUUGCCUGGGACGCAAGCCAACAGGAUGUGUUUGACAGGAUCAAGAAUUUAAUUUCUGAAGAAGUUACACUAACAUACUUCGACCCAGAGAAAGAGACAGUACUGCAAGUUGACGCAUCAACAAAACGCCUGGGAGCUACACUCUUGCAAGAAGACAAGCCAGUCGCCUUUGCCA